CUGCCUGUCUGUCCGUCUGCUCGCACUGCACAGCCCCCACGGUCUCACACCGGCUGAUAAAAUGACCCAACAGGCCGGGUGGGUUCAGAAAAAUAAAGAGUCAAAUUAAAGGAGAUUGUAUUUGAAAUAAUAUGAUUCAAAGGAAACCGUGAAAAAAAUAAAAUUAUUUGCAGUUGACAGGAACGGGAUAAUACCACUUUAAUUCGCCUUGUGUUGCCAGUCGGGCCUAAUUCACCGGUGCACCGCAAACUUCCGUCCAACGCAUAGCUUCCACAUCAAAACAGAAAAAAAAAAACAAGAAAGAAAAGACAAAGUUUUUGGAGCUAAACCUUUUCGGAUUGAGUCGAUAGCUGCCGGCGUCCAUCAGUAUGAUCCUACUAACAAUGAUCUGCCGUGUGGCGGACGGACUUCCGCUGGCUGCGUCCAUUCAGGAGGACGAGCAGUCAGGGCGAGACCUGCAGCACUACCAGAGUCAGGCCAAGCAGCUCUGCCGGAAACUGAGCGCUCAGAGCCCUGACCGCUGCACGUUGGAGGCCGGGGACAUGAACUUCCACUAUUUAAUAGCCAGGGGUGUAUGGUACCUGUCUCUGUGCGAGGCGUCGUUUCCUAAGAAGAUGGCUUUUGCGUACCUUGAAGACCUCAGCAACGAGUUCAACGAUCAGUACGGGAGACGGGUGCCCACAGUGUCGAGGCCGUACUCCUUCAUCGAGUUUGACACGUACAUCCAGAAAUCCAAGAAGUCCCACAUUGACAGCAGGGCCCGGAGGAACUUGGGAAGCAUCAACGUGGAGUUGCAGGACGUCCAGAGAAUCAUGGUGGCAAAUAUUGAGGAGGUUCUUCAAAGAGGAGAGUCUCUCUCCGCUUUGGACACAAAAGCCAGCAAUCUUUCCAGCCUGUCCAAAAAGUACCGCAGCGAUGCCAAAUACCUCAACACGCGCUCCAUCUAUGCCAAGGUGGCGGCUGUGGCCGUGUUCGUCAUCACCAUCAUCAUCUACGUGCGCUUCUCCUGGCUCUGACGGAUGCUCGGACCAGAACUUUUCUAAGUGUUUAAGCAAGUCCUGUUACAUUUGUCCGGUGAACCAGGGUGCCUUGAGGGGUCUUCCAGUCUAUCCACGUCGAACGCUGACACUCUUCCUAUUCUUCUUUUCCUGCUGCACAUUAUAUGACUUAUUGUUUUAGAGGCGCUUCUCUCUCUGGAAGGGGGGGGGGGGGGGGGUUACGGUGCGUUCAGGCCACUCUGUUUACUGGAGUCGGGGAGUUUCAGUGCACUAUGUGAAAGAAAUGAUUUGCACACUGGACUUAAGGCUUCUGUUAAAGACGUUCGGCACAUAGAAGUCUGCAGACUGUGAUGUAAAAAAAAGUCUUUAUUGAUGUUUAC